CUUUAUCCUCAGGAGGCUCAUCGGCAUACGCACGACCUCGUCCACAUGUUUGAUCAAGCGCUACAACAUCCUUUUGAAUUGGACUCCCUCUUUGAAAUCUCUUUGUCCCAUUUAUCUGCCUCUUCAUCGCUCCCCUCUCAGCUGAUGGAGGUUGUUGUGGACAAAUAGGCUUAGGCCAGUUACUAUAGCAACAGAGAGUUUCAGGAGGGGUGGGGGGGGGGUGGAUCAAGGGAAAUAAGCACUUCAUCAUCAGGGGCCUCAAUCUCCCGCUGGAGAUGCGGGAGCCCCCGACCUAGUGCAACAAGUGAAGGCAAGCCAACGGAGGCUCCAGGGAGAAAGAGGAAGAGGAGGAGGAGUGAUACACAGAGAUGAAGAUAAUGGAGAGAGUGGAUCCAUAAACGUGCCUGCUACGCUUUUCACAACAUCGGACAAAGGCUUUCGCUCACAAUGUUUCUUUUUAUUUUUUAAUUGUGGUUGGAGGAGGUCAUCUUUAAAAAAAAAACUUUCCACAGAAAUCAAGAGAGUUCGGGGAUCCGGUUGAGGAGGACCCGCGCCAUGACCUCCUGGUUCAGCUGGAACGAGCCUCACCGGCGCAUCCCACGCAGGGAGCCGGCCGACGUGGUCGCCGACACGUUGAUGGUGGAGCUGAGCUGGCAGCUAAAAGAGGCGGAGAGGCAGCAGAGAGAGAGGGAAAGCGAGUACCGACGCCUCAAGACCGGGGUGGACUACAGCUGGUUGGCCAGUGUGCCGCGCUCGUCCUACAACAUCAGCACUGGGGAGAGGCUGGGCUUGGAGGACCUCUGCUCCAAGGUGCCGCCGUCUUGCUGUGGACUGGUCAUACUCAAGUUCCGUGAAACGAUUCGAACUAGCGAGCCAGAGGUGCACGAAGUGUCGGGCCUCUUCCGUUCGGUCCUCCUGGAGGCUGUGGAGCAACUGAAGGAGGAGCAGGAGGCCCAGCGGCUCGCCCGCCAGUGGAGCAAUAAACGCGCCAACAGCAUGUCUCUGGUGAACUUCAGGUCCCGCAUCAAGAUCAACCCAUUUGGGAGCGCAGCAGGCCUCAUCUCGAGCGAGGGGGGUCGUUUGAGUGACCUGAAGACGGUGUCGGAAGAUGUGGAAAGAGGGAGCGAGAGGGAGGAGAGGGUGUGGAGCAUGCCGGACUUCAGAUACAAAGGAACAAGCAGCAGUAAACUUAUCUAAAGGUACAAUGAAGGACCAAGAAGUGGAGGUGGCAGACUCGAGUCAUCUGACUUGACUCGAGUCAGACUUACGUGAUCAGUUUUUGGUGGGGAAUCUGACUUGACUUGAUUUUUAUUUUUUUUUCACCCCACAAAACACAAUGUGCACACUCGCGCAGAAGCUGCUAUCAGCCGCAGCUCACACAAGACACUCACGCGCAGACUCAACGAUGUCACGUGCCAAGCCAUCAAGCCCAACCUCACUAAGGCACAUGCAUGAAUCUAACACACACACACACACACACACACGAAAGUAUUUUCUAUGCCAUGUGAUUUGUUUUAGUUUUAGUUUUUUUUUUUAGUUUCUAUGCAUGUCACCUUUAGAUAAAUAUUUUAGGCUUGCAAUUGAGAUCUUACAUUUCCAGUUAACUUUUUUCUUUUUACAAGAAAACCAUUCAUUCCUUCACAUUUUUAUAAUUCACCAACUUGAUGUCAGCAGACAAUUCUGUCAAGUUCUGAUCCCAAAUAUUGUGAAUAAACACACAAAAUGUGAACGCCCGUUCCAAACAAA